GCGGUUGUACACAGCGCGCGCACGCAUGUGUGUGUGUGUACUCACACAUGCACAAGGACAUGCAUACCUGUACGUUUAGCACAAGCAGCGAGGGGAGGACGUGAUGCUCGGCGCAGUGACAAAGUGGCAACUUUUGGGCUCUGUCGUGGAAUCACACUGGAACCAGGCCCCACUGCCUGGUCCCCGCUGACCAUGAACAAGAUGAAGAACUUUAAGCGCCGCCUCUCCCUGUCCGUGCCGCGCACCGAGACCAUCGAGGAGUCCUUGGCCGAGUUCACAGAGCAGUUCAGCCAGCUCCACAACAGGCGCGAUGAGGACCUGCAGCUUGGGCCUCUCGGCAGAGACCCCCAGCCAGAGUCCAGCCCCUUCUCCCCGACGGACAGCGGGGACGAGCCUGGGCAGCCGUCCCCCGGCUUGCAGUACCGGCAGCAGAACCUGCGGCGCUUCUCCAUGGAGGACAUCAGUAAGAGGCUGUCUCUGCCCAUGGACAUCCGCCUGCCCCAGGAAUUCCUGCAGAAGCUACACCUGGAGAGUCCCGACCUGCCCAAACCGCUCAGCCGCAUGUCCCGCCGAGCAUCCCUGUCAGAUAUCGGCUUUGGGAAACUGGAAACAUACGUGAAACUGGACAAACUGGGGGAGGGCACCUACGCCACAGUCUUUAAAGGGCGCAGCAAGCUGACGGAGAACCUCGUGGCCCUGAAGGAGAUCCGGCUGGAGCAUGAGGAGGGGGCGCCUUGCACUGCCAUCCGAGAGGUGUCUCUCCUGAAGAACCUAAAGCACGCCAAUAUUGUGACCCUGCAUGACCUCAUCCAUACGGAGCGGUCUCUCACCCUGGUGUUUGAGUACCUGGAUAGUGACCUGAAGCAGUAUCUGGACCACUGUGGAAAUCUCAUGAGCAUGCACAAUGUCAAGAUUUUCAUGUUUCAGCUGCUCCGGGGCCUUGCCUACUGUCACCGCCGCAAGAUCCUGCACCGGGACCUGAAACCACAGAACCUGCUCAUUAGUGAGAGGGGGGAGCUGAAGCUGGCUGACUUUGGCCUGGCCCGGGCCAAGUCAGUGCCCACGAAGACCUACUCCAAUGAGGUGGUAACCCUGUGGUACAGACCUCCUGAUGUGCUGUUGGGGUCCACAGAGUACUCCACCCCCAUUGACAUGUGGGGCGUGGGCUGCAUCCACUACGAGAUGGCCACGGGGAGGCCCCUCUUCCCCGGCUCCACGGUCAAGGAGGAGCUGCACCUCAUCUUCCGACUCCUGGGGACCCCUACGGAAGAGACGUGGCCCGGCGUGACCGCCCUGUCGGAGUUCAGAGCCUACAAUUUCCCGCCGUACCAGCCCCAGCCGCUCAUCAGCCACGCUCCCAGGUUGGACACGGACGGCAUCCACCUCCUGACCAGCCUCCUCCUGUACGAAUCCAAGAGUCGUAUGGGCGCAGAGGCAGCCCUGAGCCACGCCUACUUCCGGUCUCUGGGAGAGCGCGUGCACCAGCUUGAAGAUACGGCGUCCAUCUUCUCCCUGAAGGAGAUCCAGCUCCAGAAGGACCCGGGCUACCGGGGCCUGGCCUUCCAGCAGCCAGGCCGAGGGAAGAGCCGGCGGCAGAGCAUCUUCUGAGCCGCGCCCACCCUGCUGCGGCCCCAGGACCCCCAGGGACGAGAGGUCACAGCGAGCACAAGGGCACAACGGCGGGCAGGAUGGGGCCUGUGUGGCCCUGGGAGGACUGAGGAACAAGGGCUAAUGGCUGGCCCAGAAGACCUCUUGGCAGCCCUGCUGGCCACGGCUGUUUCCUCUUCCUGCUUCCCACAAGCCUCCCCUGUGGCCUUCACCUCGACACCAACCCCUCUGUCGUCAGCCCUGGAGCUGGGCUUGAGCUCCUUUCCUGGGGGGAGAUGAGGAGGUGGGGAGUGGGGGGACCGCAGACCCUUUCUCACCCUGAGGUGCUUGGGCACCAGCGUGGGACCCACACAGACGGGAGAAUCCAGGCGCCAGGCUGAGCACUGUGCCCCGAACGUGGGUACCCCCGUACCUCCCCGCCAGGGGCUGCCUGCCCACACGUCACUCACUUGCUUCCCCUCUGAGAGCAGGAAGCUCGGGCCACCUUGUCUAGGAGCCUGGAAUCCUGGGUGCCCAUGUGUGUGCCAAAGCCCACCCCCCACCCGAAGGGCAGGUGUCCCUAGAGCAGCAGAGAAGAGGAGCCCAGCCCUACUUCUCCACAUCCUCACCCUGUCCCCAUUUCCUUCUCCUGGCCAGAGGCCCCAUCUGCUGCUGGAUGCCCAGCUGAGUCCAGAGGUGGCUGGUCCCACCAGCUGCACUCCGCCACCUCAGCUGGCUCCCGCCCAUCUCCCCAUUCUGAACAGGAUUGCCUUAAAUUGGCAGGUGGUAGAGCACUCACUGCCCUUGGAGCUCUAACCCAAGCUCCUACCUGUCCACCCUUUCCCGAAAGUGGCUCCUGCUUAUCAUGCCUGGGUCCUGAUAAGCCAGCCCUGGGCCGAGGUCCGGGGGAUGACAACCAGAUAGGCAGGGUCACCUCGAUGCUGGUGCCAGGCCAGCCUCAGCUCCUUGGGGCUCUCACAGCCUCCCCUAUUCCCUCCUUCCCGGCCCCUAGGACCCGGUCCAUGCUCCACCCUAUCCUGGCACCAGCCUCCCCAUGCCCCCGGGCUCCCAGAGGGCAGGGUGUAAAUGCCUCAGUCUAAGGUGGAGGGAGGUGGGAUAGGACGCACAGGCUUUGAUCCCGCCCUAGGGGGCUGGGAGUCAGAGGGCCUGCAGCCCCGAAGAAGGCUCCCCCUCACCACCCCUUCCGAGCACGCCUGUUGUAUCCCCAAGGUCUCGACACUUGGCUGAAUCUCCAAUGGCAAGGCCAAGGGGAGGCCAGGCCCGGCUUCUCUACGCAAGCCCCCUGCCCAGCCCAACCCCUCAGCCUGAGGAGCAGUCCUGGAGGGUCUUGGCCUCCCCACGAGUCCCUCCCCUCCUCCCUGCACUGUACUGUGAAUGUCCCGUGACUCAGCACAAAGACAGAUAAUAUAUUUAAUUCAUGUUGUACAGAAAA